AUGUAUAAGCUGGUCUCCUGCUGUUUGCUUUUCAUAGGAUGCUUAAAUCCUCUCUGGUCUCUUCCUGUCCUUGACUCCAGGGAAGAGCCCCUGCAGCUCUCAGCACCUGAAGAUGCCGAAUCAACUUUGGAUGAGCUGGAAAGAGCUUCCCUUCUGCAGAUGCCGCCAGAGAUGUCAGGUGCAGAGACAGGAGAUGGUCUUAGGAAAGCAGAUCUCGGUACCAACAUUUUUUACCCAAGACGAAGUGUGAGAAAAUUUCAGGCUUUCUCAGGACAAGAUCCUAACAUUUUACUGAGUCACCUUUUAGCCAGAAUCAGGAAGCCAUACAAGAAACGUGGAACUCCCUCUGAAUGCUUCUGGAAAUACUGUGUCUGAAGUGACAUGAGCACCUACUAGGCAACUCAAAACCAACCAUCUUAGAAAAAGUAAAUUAAAAACGCUUGAUUUGAAAGCAGUAUAGAUGAAAAACUAGGCAAGCUAUACCCUGUUCAUUAUUAUUUGGAAAAUAAAUCCUCUAUGUUUUACAAAUAUCAUGAGUGGUUCUUUUACUUAUAAACAUAUCCUGAAAAUCUAUCCAUCAAUUUAUCUUUAAAGAAUUAUCUAAAAGUUUAAAAGUAAACAAAUAAAUGAAAAGCAAAUACUAAGAAGAAAAAAUCAUAAAAGUAAAUUUUAGUUAAAACAGUAAAACUACAAAUCAUUUAACC